GGGUCAACUCAUGACCCCUACACCUCCCCCCUCCACCCCCACACAUGGACCCCCACAGACCCCCGUCCCACCGCAGUCUCCACCCAACCAGAACGGCUACAACAGCUCCAAACACUCCCAGACGCAAGGCUCCUUACACACAACCUGGACAGGCAGCAGCACAGCUUCCUACACUCCUUUAGGACCCCAGCAAAACGGACGCGGCCACCAGCCUCCUCUCCACCACCCACACUUCUGGUCUCAGCAUCACAGUUCAGCGUCUUUCCCCCCUCCAGUCUCCAACCAUCCAGGUCCCACUGGCAGACUAAUAAAGGAAGAGUACAGCCACGACUGCAUCCAGAUGGACGUUCCCCCAGGCCUGCCUCCUCAGCAGGACCACCAGGGGGCGAUGAAACUCCCUCCUCCGGACCACUACGGCCAGCCACUGCCUCCUCUACAGCUGCCUUCAGAACCCAGCCGCGCGCCCCCACCGGUCACCCUUUACUCCAACAUGCCCCUCUCCCCCACCGCUUCAGGCUCUAUGAUGCCGAUGCAGGGAGGUCACGGUGAAGGCUUACUUCAGAUUGCGUCUCCUCAGGGUCAAGUCAUGACCCCUACACCUCCCCCCUCCACCCCCACACAUGGACCCCCACAGACCCCCGUCCCACCGCAGUCUCCACCCAACCAGAACGGCUACAACAGCUCCAAACACUCCCAGACGCAAGGCUCCUUACACACAACCUGGACAGGCAGCAGCACAGCUUCCUACACUCCUUUAGGACCCCAGCAAAACGGACGCGGCCACCAGCCUCCUCUCCACCACCCACACUUCUGGUCUCAGCAUCACAGUUCAGCGUCUUUCCCCCCUCCAGUCUCCAACCAUCCAGGUCCUGAGUUCUGGUGCUCCAUCUCGUACUUCGAGAUGGAUGUGCAGGUGGGGGAGAUGUUUAAAGUGCUGUCCAGUUGUCCGGUGGUGACGAUUGACGGGUAUGUGGACCCCUCAGGAGGAGACCGCUUCUGCCUGGGUCAGCUCAGUAAUGUGCACCGCACAGACGCCAGUGAGCGCGCCAGGUUGCACAUAGGUAAAGGAGUGCAGCUGGAGUGCCGCGGCGAGGGCGACGUAUGGAUGCGCUGCAUGAGCGAUCAUGCUGUCUUUGUGCAGAGUUACUACCUGGACAGAGAAGCGGGUCGAGCGCCAGGAGAUGCAGUGCACAAGAUCUACCCAGGGGCCUACAUAAAGGUCUUUGACCUCAGGCAGUGCCACAGGCAGAUGCAGCAGCAGGCGGCCACUGCGCAGGCGGCGGCGGCAGCACAGGCCGCGGCGGUGGCAGGGAAUAUUCCAGGACCAGGAAGCGUCGGUGGAAUCGCUCCUGCAGUCAGCCUCUCGGCAGCAGCAGGGAUUGGUGUGGAUGAUCUCCGGAGGCUGUGCAUCCUGCGCCUGAGCUUCGUGAAGGGCUGGGGUCCUGACUAUCCGCGGCAGAGCAUCAAGCACACCCCCUGCUGGGUGGAGGUGCAUUUGCACCGGGCGCUGCAGCUGCUAGACGAGGUGCUGCACACUAUGCCACUGGCAGACCCUGGACCGGCUAACUGAGAGCGAACAAUACACAGCAAACACUCACCACCACACAGAUACUGGACGCACUACAGUAAGCGUGCGAAGAGCAUUACCUGCUACAGUGUGCUUUGCACUUUUAUCAGUCAUUAGAAUACCAAUGAAAACACCACAGAAAUUCACUAUUCUAAAAUUCAUGUUUUGGAAAGAUAUUUCAGUGCAUUUUCUUGUUCUAUAGUGAAAUGUUGCAUUUCUUUUCGGGUUAAUCUCACAAAAACAUGUCUAGGUCAUAUUUCGCUCUAAUAUAAAAAAUUAUAUUUGCUUAAAGACAAUGAAGACUAUUUUUAGGAAUUUUU